GCAUGAAUGGAACCUCCGACGAGCAAGUGACAAACCUUCAAACCAACCGCACCUCGGGUAUCUCGCAUCUCGCAACGAUCGCCGAACUCAACAUCUGUUUCCUUUCCUCUCGAGCCUGUUCCGUUUCCUGGCAAGCUUCAUGAUGCAGGCUUUCCGUCGUCCCCUUUCCUCUGCCGUGCAGAGCGCUGUCCGCAAGCAGGGUUACGCAACUGGGUCUUCGCAAUAUGCUCAAACGGUUCAGAAUCUGAGGAUAAACGGCGACACCAAAGUGGUCUACCAGGGCUUUACUGGUCGUCAGGGAACCUUCCAUGCUCAACAAGCUAUCGAAUACGGCACGAACAUUGUCGGAGGCACAAACCCAAAGAAGGCUGGGACGGAGCAUCUUGGCAAGCCUGUCUUUAAGAAUGUAGAAGAAGCUGUAAAGCAAGCAGGAGCCAAUGCAUCAGCUAUCUUCGUUCCUCCGCCAUUGGCUGCUGCUGGUAUUGAAGAAGCCAUCUCUGCAGAGAUUCCCUUAGUCGUUUGUAUUACUGAGGGAAUUCCCCAGCAUGACAUGGUUCGCAUUACUGAUAUGCUGAAAUCACAAAGCAAGACUCGUCUUGUCGGCCCUAACUGCCCUGGUAUAAUUGCUCCAGGACAAUGUAAGAUUGGAAUCAUGCCCGGCUUCAUUCACAAGCGUGGACGCGUCGGUAUCGUGUCUCGUUCCGGAACUCUGACCUACGAAGCCGUCAAUCAGACCACUCAGGCCGGUCUAGGACAAUCACUCGUUGUUGGUAUCGGUGGUGAUCCCUUCUCUGGAACCAACUUUAUUGACUGCUUGAAUGUGUUCCUCAAGGACGAGGAAACGGAUGGAAUCAUCAUGAUCGGAGAGAUUGGCGGCUCGGCUGAGGAGGACGCUGCCGAUUUCCUAAAGCAGUACAACACUGAGAACAAGCCAGUUGUCAGCUUCAUCGCCGGCAUCUCUGCGCCUCCUGGUCGCCGAAUGGGUCAUGCUGGAGCGAUUGUCAGUGGUGGCAAAGGAGAUGCAAAUUCCAAAAUCACCGCUCUCGAGGCCGCCGGUGUUGUAGUCGAGCGAAGCCCAGCAUCUCUCGGCAAGACGUUGUACAGCGAAUUCACAAAGAGGGACUUGAUAUAAAUGGCAGGCAUUGAUGAUGUUAUUCUGGGAGAUACCUUUCGGCUGGUGG